AUGGGAUGGUUCUGGGCUGAUUCGGAAAGUGCUACAAGUGCUACAAAUGCUGCUGCUUCAGGUGCUAAAUGUCCUGUGGAUCAUAAGGCUAAAGCUUCAACUCCAGCUGUAUGUCCUGUUAAACCAAAAGAAUCUAAACCAACUUCAGAAUUACCAGCUGUUUGUCCAAUGAAGAAAGAUGGUGAUAAUUCCAGUGGAGUAUCAGAUACAUUAAAUCCUUUAAAUAAUAUGCCAUCUUUCAUUUCUUCAUCUAAAUUACCAGGUCAAAAAUUAGAUUUACCAACAGAUCGUACUUUUUCAACAAUUCCAAGAGGUGAAGAUGAAGAUGAAGGUGUUUGGGAAUAUCCAUCUCCUCAACAAAUGUUUAAUGCCAUGAUGAAAAAGGGGAAAGGUGAUGGUAUCCCAGAAGAUGCAGUGGAAUCAAUGGUUGAUGUUCAUAAUUUUUUAAAUGAAGGUGCAUGGCAAGAAAUUCUUGAAUGGGAAAAACCUUAUGAAUCUUUAUAUAAUAAAGCUCCAAGAUUAGCUCAAUUCACAGGUAGACCUCAUGAUCUUUCACCAAGAGCUCGUAUGUAUUUACAAUUAUCCAAAAUAUUCCCAAAAACUUUCAAUACAGAUCCUCCAUUUGAUAGACAUGAUUGGUAUGUUCUUAGAUCAAAUGGUCAAGGUGGUUGGAAUCAAGUUAGAUAUGUUAUUGAUUAUUAUGGAGGUCCAGAUGAUGAACAUGGAAUGCCAACUUUCUUCUUGGAUGUUAGACCUGCUUUGGAUAAUGUUACAAAUGCUAAAGAUCGUAUGGCUCAUUGGUUAAAACCUCAUUGGGAUAAAGCUAUGGGGAAAGUUGAUGAAUAA